AUGUCAUCAUCAUCGGAUAGCCUUUAUCCUCGUUUGCUUGUUCGUCAUCAUUGGUUUGUACUUGGUUUUGUGGUAUUCAUAUGUGUUACAUUGACAGCUGUUGGAAUUGUUUGUACACAGCUACCUGAUUUUUCUGAUCCAAGAAUAGGAUGGGGAGCGCGCGGAAAAGGAACAAUUUUUUCACAGUUAAUGGUUUUACGCCAUGCGUCAGAAAAAUUCCGUCUUGCAUAUGAAAUUCCAUUGGAUACAAAUGAACUAUUCGGUGCAUUUGAACAAUUUGUUAAUAUAACUGUUGAUGAUCUUGACGAAAGUUCGUAUCAAUCCGAUUUACUUUCGAAGUAUGAUUUAUGGCGAAAGAAACAACCAAAUAAAGAAUAUGAUGAACUUAUUGAUUAUCGAGAAUUAAACGAAUCGUUUUAUGAUAAUGCUAUCGAUAAAAAUGAAGUAGUCGACUAUGACGAUGAUGAAAACUCGGAAUCAGCAUUAAUUUAUCAAUGGCAUCGAGAUCGACAUUUCGAUGUACAAAAUUUAAUAACGAAAUAUGUCGACGAUAAAAUGAUUAAUAUUACUGUAUUGGAGUUUGUAAAACAUUUACCACAAUUCGAUAGAACUAAUUAUCAAUCAAAUCGAUUACCUUUUGAAAUGCUUCGACCCUAUGCGUAUUUACUCGAAGAAAAAUAUCGUGGUCGAACAGGUCGUGAUGGUAUGAUCGAAUUUUAUUUCGAACGCACACAAGCAAACGAUGACAUAUUAUCUCUUGAUCAUUUACUUUCGAUUUGUAAAUGGGAAAAAACGUUUAAAAAUAUGCUUUCUCCUGUUGAUAUUCCGAGUCUUUCAUUAGCAACAUUUGUUGCGUUAUAUUCUUCGAAAAACGAUUGUCAAUUAAUUACAACUGAAGAUGUCAAACAUUUUCGUUCCGUACUACAUACAUGUUUACCCUAUUAUAUAAAUGGCUAUAUGGAUGUGCCAUUGAGUGAUCGAUUUCUUAAUCGUGUUAUAUUAGAACAUCAACCUGGUUAUCAUACUUAUCAAGAACAAACCAAAGCUAUUUAUGCUGCUGUACGACAUACUUGUUUUUACAAGAAUAUUACACGUUUUAUCUAUGAUCAUUUUGUCGAUAAAAAAUUUAUCAAUGAUUUUCAACAAUCAAAAAAUAAUUCGAAAGUAUCAAUAUCGAUGAUAUUUAUAUAUAAUUACAAAAUAAUAAAAUAUAAUCGUACACGUGAUCAAACGAUGUGUUUAAGACGACAACCAUUUUCAACAAGAUAUUGUGAGGAACGUGGUUGUAUGGAUGAUUAUCGUAAUAAUUUUUUUACAAAAGCAUGCGUUGAUGAAGAAUUAUCAUUAGAUAAUUGUGAAAAAUAUUGUCUAUGUAAAUAUCAUUGUCCAAAUGAAACCGAACAAGUUAAUCUAUUAACACCAAUUUUAAAAGCACCUGAAUUAAUUGAAAUAUUUGUAAAGAAUUUCGGUAGAAAAGGACAAUUAGCAACAUAUCAAGAUAAAUUCGUUAAACUUAUUGCAUUUAAUUUUGCCAAUGCUAGAGAAAAAACAGCAAUGGCACAGAUAUAUCAAGGUUAG